AACUAAAUAAAACUUAGAUACAAAAUAUAGCGAAAACACUAUUAUUUGGUUAUUAAAAAAAUACGUACAUAAGUUUUUAAAUAAAUUAAACAACUUAAUUUUUAAAAUUAUCUCCGCCGCUGGACAGAGAGUACAGUAUUAGGGUUGGUAUUGUUCGUCACUUGGUCCACCCAGUAUGGAUUGUCUCCCCUAUCAAAAUCCUAGCCAGAUUGGAGAUAAGACAGCUUCAUUUAUAGUAAUUGUCAAGUUUUACUUCAGUGUUCCGUCCGAGUUACCGGCGUCAAGGUUAAUAACAAAUAAAAAGUCCGCUUUUUUAAACUGAAACGAAAACACGCGCAACUUUUUUAUUUUUCGAGGAUCGUACGUGUACAUUCUAGAUAAACAAUUCUGAAAUUUUUCUUCUUCUUCAACAGUGGUGUUUCGUUGCGGAUCUGAUAAGUUUGUUGUUGUGUCUGGUUUUUUAAAUAUUGAUAAGAACUUUUACGUUCUUUGAAGAAGGUUGAUUCCAUAUCAAUCUGGCCACAACGUUAUGAUCGACGAAAUUUUAUACUCAUUCAGCACCCUCAACUACAUUAUCGUUAUAGUCAUCUUCUUGAUAUUUGGUUCCCGGCCGCCGUGGUGGAGCCGUAAAACAAUAGACUGGCUUAAAAAGGAAGUUCAAGAUAUUCCAGGCCCUUUAUCAUUACCAUUACUAGGUACAAGAUGGGUGUUCAGUUUCGGUGGGUACAGUUUCAACAAAAUUCACGAAUUUUAUGCGGAUAUGUAUACGAAAUAUGGACCGAUAGUUAAAGAAGAAGCUUUGUUUAAUAUACCUGUGAUAAGUGUCUUUGAAAAGGAAGAUAUAGAAAAAGUAUUAAAGAGUUCAGGCAAAUUUCCAAUUAGGCCGCCAACAGAGGCUAUUGCGGAGUACAGAAGGAGUAGACCUGAUAGGUAUGCCAGCACUGGGUUGGUUAAUGAACAAGGUGCAACAUGGUACCAUUUAAGAACUUCACUAACAACGGAUCUAACUAGUCCAAAAACUAUUUCUGGAUUUUUGCCACAAGUGGAUGUAAUAUGCGAAGAUUUUUGCAAUUUAAUAAGGCAGCAACGUCAAACCAAUGAUACGAUUAUAGAUUUGGAGGAUGUUGCAGGUAGAAUGGGUUUAGAGACAUCAUGUGCUUUAGUUUUGGGUCGCAGACUAGGACUUUUGCUAAUGGGGGAGGAGUCAGAAUGUGCCAAAAAGUUUGCUGAGGCUAUUCAUCAAAAUUUUAUUGCUAUUAGGGAUACAUACUUUGGUUUGCCAAUUUGGAAGUUUUUUACUACUCCAGCAUACAAGAAACUUGCAGAAAGUGAAGAUACAAUUUAUAAGCUGGCAUUAGAGUUAAUUCACACUGCAGAUGAAGCCACACAUGAAAGUGCCAUUUUUCAGUCGGUUCUCAAGGCUGAUAUUGAUGAAAAAGAAAAAACUGCUGCAAUUGUAGAUUUUAUAGCAGCUGGUAUUCACACACUCAAAAAUAGUCUUUUAUUCCUACUGUACUUAGUAGCAAAACAUCCUUCUGCUCAACAAAAAAUCUUGGAAGAUUCAUCCAAAGCAUAUUUGAAGGCAUGCGUUAUGGAAGCUUUUCGUGUCCUUCCAACAGCUAAUUGCUUGGCUAGGGUAACAGAGGAUGACUUGGAAUUAUCUGGUUAUAAAGUUCGCGCAGGUAGCGUUUUGAUAUGUCAAACAGGAAUUGCUUGUAAAAAUGAAAAAUAUUUUAGCAACGCGACCGAGUUUAGGCCCGAGAGAUGGUUGAAUCAAGAAAAAUCAGUAACUUCCAGCAAUUCUACAUUUCUUAUGACCCCAUUUGGAAUAGGCCGAAGAAUAUGUCCUGGAAAAAGGUUUAUUGAACAUGUGCUUCCUAUUAUUUUAGAAAAUGUUGUUAAAAACUUUGAAAUUGAAGUAGUGAGACCUAUGGAGUUGCAGUUCGAGUUUUUGUUAGCUCCAAAAGGUCCCACUGCUAUGAUUUUUAGAGAUAGAGUUUAGUUUAUUUUAAAUUAC